ACCUCGAGCGAACGAACGGGGCCGUUUCUUUUGUGCGGAGGCCUCGAGGGGGGUCGGGGCCGCGGUCCUGUCCCUGGGAGAUGGUGCAGCCCAUCCUGGGCCAUGGGAGCCUGCAGCCCGCCUCGGCAGCUGGCCUGGCGUCUCUGGAGCUCGACUCUUCGCUGGAUCAGUACGUGCAGAUUCGCAUCUUCAAAAUCAUCGUGAUCGGGGACUCCAACGUGGGCAAGACCUGCCUGACCUUCCGCUUCUGCGGGGGCACCUUUCUGGACAAAACUGAAGCCACCAUCGGCGUGGACUUCAGGGAGAAGACCGUGGAAAUCGAGGGCGAGAAGAUCAAGGGCAGGCCAGAGAGAGAAAAGACAGAGGAGCAGCUAAAGCUGAGUUGACAGAAUCCAGAAGGGAAGAGAGAGGCCAGGAGAGGC